AUGCGUUUCGCUCAGCGACUCCUCACUCUGCCGUGCCUCGCGACCGCUGCCGCCGUCUUAAAUCUCCAAGCGCCGCUUCAGCCCUCAGCUCCCGCCACUCUCUCGCCUAAUAUCUCAACAGCGCUGUUUGCCGAGCUCGAGGAGCUCGCGCGCAUCGUCGACAUCUCAUACUGCGUCGGCGUCACUGGCCUGGGCAUUGCGAAGCCGUUCACCUGCGCCAGUCGCUGCAAUGAAUUCCCCGACUUCGAGUUGGUGAAAGCCUGGAACACUGGUCCUCUCCUUUCCGAUUCUUGUGGCUACAUCGCUUUGUCGCAUCCUCCCUCGGUCCCGCGCAUCAUCCUAGCGUUUCGCGGGACGUAUUCCCUUGCCAACACCAUUGUGGACUUGUCGACUGUUCCGCAGGAGUAUAUCCCGUACCCUGGAGAGGAUGAUGGAGGCGAUGAUGAUGACGCGCCGGACGCGAAGCCUCCCAAGUGUGCAAACUGCACCGUCCAUACUGGAUUUUACCAGUCCUGGAUCAACACGCGAGAAGUCGUUCUACCACACGUUGUCGAAGCAAUGGAAAAGCACCCGGACUACAAGCUGACCCUGGUCGGGCAUUCGUUGGGCGGUGCGGUGGCUGCGCUGGCCGCGCUAGAUUUCAAGGCUCGUGGCUGGGACCCGCAUGUGACCACAUUUGGAGAACCACGUGUCGGCAACGAAGGCCUGGUGCACUACAUCGACAGCCGGUUCAACGUGGGAGAGAACAUGACGACUGUUGGGAAAGACACGGACAUCCGGUUCAGGCGGGUCACGCACGUGUCGGAUCCCGUGCCGCUGCUGCCCCUGGAAGAAUGGGGAUACCACAUGCAUGGCGGGGAGAUCUACAUCGACAAGGCUGACCUGCCGCCGAGUGUUGCCGAUAUCCGCGUCUGCUCAGCUGACGAAGAUCUGGACUGCAUCGCCGGCGGCGAUCACGGCGCGUGGAUCCCUGCGCGGUUCAAGCUCUGGCAGCUCUUCUGGGCCCAUCGUGACUAUUUCUGGAGGCUGGGGCUCUGCGUCCCUGGUGGCGAUCCCUGGGAUUGGAAGGGCAGGUACCCACCCAGUGGAAAAAAAUCUCCCAAGUCGGAAUGA